UUGGAUAUAUGCAGUCCUACCUAGAGACGUUCCACGAUUCAGCAUAGGAUGGCCGUGCUCCCUCCCCGCUGCUGCCCCUCCCUCUUCACAGCAGUGAUCUUGCUCCUGUUUCGCCCAUCUCCGGCAUCGCCUCAUGCUUUCUUCAUCUUCGGCGACUCCCUCGUCGACGCGGGGAACAACGACUAUCUCGUGACCCUCUCCAAGGCCAACACCCCGCCAUACGGCGUCGACUUCUCGUUUUCUGGCGGCAAGCCGACCGGGAGAUUCACAAACGGCAGGACCAUUGCGGAUGUCAUUGGUGAAGCCUUGGGGCAGGAGAGCUUUGCUCCUCCCUACUUGGCCCCAAACUCUAGUGCUGAAGUGAUCAACAGUGGAGCCAACUAUGCUUCUGGUUCUUCCGGCAUUUUCGACGAGACCGGUUCCUUCUAUAUCGGAAGGGUGCCACUAGGACAGCAAAUCAGCUACUUUGAGAAGACCAGAGCUCAGGUACUGGAGACCAUGGGGGAGAAUGCCACGGCCGACUUCUUGGGGAACGCGCUCUUCACGGUGGCUGCUGGAUCCAAUGACAUCCUGGAGUACCUCUCACCUGCAGUGCCAUUCUUGGGACGACAGAAACCUGACCCUGCAGUUUUCCAGGACGCCUUGGUUGCCAAGUUGGCAUUUCAUCUCAAGCGGCUGAACGAGCUCGGGGCUAGGAAAUUUGUCAUCGCCGACGUCGGCCCGCUGGGCUGCAUACCGUACGUGCGCGCCCUGGAGUUCAUCCCUGCGGGCGAGUGUUCGGCGGCUGUGAACAGGCUCUGCGAAGGCUACAACAGGAGGCUGAAGAGGAUGAUCGGCAGGCUGAACCAGGAGACGGGCCCGGAGAGCGCGUUCGUCUACACCAACACCCACGGCAUCGUCAUGGAGAUCAUCCGGCAGCACCGUCAAUACGGUUUCGAGGAGGCGCUGGACCCUUGCUGCGGCGGCAGCUUCCCGCCGUUCCUCUGCAUGGGCGUCGCCAACUCGAGCUCCGCCACCCUGUGCGAGGACCGCUCCAAGUACGUGUUCUGGGACGCGUUCCACCCGACCGAGGCCGUCAACCUCAUCGUCGCCGGCAGGAUCGUCGACGGCGGCGCCGCCGAUGCGUGGCCCGUCAACGUCCGCGCCUUGUUCCAGCGUCGAUACGGAUGAACGAGGAGAUCGGCGUGCAUGCACCGCAUCGCGGAAUAUCUCCUCCCCGGCGCAACACUUGCUGCACGUCUGCAAACGUGUAGAACGUGACGGAGGACGGUGACUUUGACGCGCGGCAAUUUUCUUUUCUUUUUCCUUCUCUCCGCUGUUUGCCUUUGGCUCCUUUGUGAAGGCCGGAAAGUAGAUCGCUGUUGUCGAAAGGAACCAUUCGGAGCGACCGACGGACGGUAAUAUAUACCGGCGUACGUGCGGUGUACAGAGGUGCAUAAGUGCGAAGCAGUAGAGAGUAGAGACUGGUAGCGCACGUUUUUUACGGGACUGUUCUGCGCAGCGCCGCCGGUGCAGCUUCCGGCCACGCCACGCCACGCCACGCGCCCACGCGGGUAUAUAUGCGCGCAACACUUGGACUCGGUCUGUUGACGACGGCCGGGCGGUGCCAGGCGCGUACGUAGCCUUCCAUGGAGGCGGGUGCGGGGCCUCCGAAGCCCGGGGCCGCGGCGAAGGUGGCGUCGUCGUCGUCGUCGUUCUCGUCCGUGGCCGCCACGGCGGCGAGCCUGGUGGCGGUGGGCCUGGGCGGCGCGGCGCUGCUGGUGUGGUGGGCGCUGGCGUUCCACCCGGCGCACGCGCGGCUCUGGAUGGUGCCCGCGGGGCUGGUCCUCCUCGGCACCCCCGUCCUCGCCUGGCUCUCCCUCUUCGCCUCCGGCCCGUGCCGCUGCGGCCGCCGCCGCCCGGUCGACGCGCCGGAGCCUCCGGCGCCGGGCGCACACGCAGCCGCUUAGCGACCUGCUUACUUGUACGUAGCUUGCAGUUGCUUCACCUGCCGAAUACCAUUCUUCCGUGUGCAUGCAGUAGCUUCUCUUCUUUCGACACGUACGCGCCUGUCUAAUUAGUUUGCUCUGCUGCUUCUUGCUCGCUCCGGGAUCAGAUGAGAUCAGACCAGAUGUACACAGCCAUACUACAUAUGUUCACCUUUUGUUUCUA